UUGCAAGAUGCCGUACGCGAAUCAGCCAACGGUACGGAUCACGGAGCUUUCGGACGAAAACGUUAAGUUUAUCGUUGAGAAUACGGACCUGGCGAUUGCCAACUCCAUCCGCAGGGUGUUUAUAGCAGAGGUCCCGACCAUCGCUAUUGACUGGGUGCAGAUAGACGCCAAUUCCUCCGUCCUCCAUGAUGAGUUCAUCGCGCACCGAGUAGGGCUCAUUCCUCUGACCAGCGAUGACAUUGUGGAUAAGCUGCAGUACUCCAGGGACUGCACCUGUGACGAGUUCUGUCCCGAGUGCUCCGUCGAGUUCACGUUGGAUGUGAGAUGCAAUGAGGACCAGACUCGCCACGUCACCUCUCGGGACCUCAUCUCAAACAACAUGCGCGUGAUUCCGGUGACAUCACGCAGCAGAGACAAUGACCCCAAUGACUACGUGGAGCAGGAUGACAUCCUGCUCGUAAAACUCAGGAAGGGACAGGAGCUUCGACUCAGAGCGUACGCUAAAAAGGGCUUUGGAAAAGAACACGCCAAGUGGAACCCCACCGCCGGGGUGGCCUUUGAGUAUGACCCAGACAAUGCCCUGAGGCACACAGUGUACCCCAAACCCGAGGAAUGGCCAAAGAGUGAAUACUCGGAAAUCGAUGAAGAAGAAGCCCAAGCUCCUUACGACCCCAACGGGAAGCCUGAAAGGUUUUAUUAUAACGUGGAGUCCUGCGGCUCGCUGCGGCCCGAGACCAUCGUCUUGUCUGCCCUCUCGGGUCUGAAGAAGAAGUUGAGCGACCUGCAGACCCAGCUCAGCCAUGAGAUCCAGAGCGACGUGCUCACCAUUAACUGAGCGCUUUCUCUUUUUUUGUGUUUAAUUGAACUGCUUUCCCUGCCCCGGGCGCUGUAUAUAUCUAAUAAACAACAGUGAACGUUUACACGUCUUCAGUGCAAAAUGA